AUGCCAAAGUCGAAGAAAACGCGCCUCUCGAAUUCUAUAACAAAACAAGAAAAUAAAUUAAAGAAAAAAGAAAAAAUUGAUCAAAAAGCUAUUUCAAACCAACCUACGACCAAGUCUGAUUUUAAACUUAAUAACAAAUUACAAAUUAAGGAACAAACAAAUGAACUUAUUUCGUUAGACACAGAGGACAAAAUCAUUGUUAAAGAUUUUUUAAUUAUUGCAGGAAGCUAUGAAAGGAUUUUAUAUGGAAUUGAUGCUCAUUGGAUAAAGUCCGGCGAAAGCUCUGAUGAUGAUGAUUUUUCAUUAAAAUUAGAUCCGAUCUUUGUCUUUUCAGCUCAUACUGGAUGUAUCAAAACAGUAUCGGUGGGAGGCAAAUUUUUAGCUUCAGGAAGUACUGACGAGGUUAUAAAGUUAUACAAUUUGAGAAAACGUAAGGAACUUGGAUCCUUGUUACAACAUGAAGGUUCUAUAACAACUAUUCAAUUCUUUAAUAAAACUCAUAUGUUUAGCGGAAGCGAAGAUGGUACAAUAUGUAUUUGGAGAACCAAAGAUUGGGAAUGUUUAAAAACUUUAAAAGGUCACAAGGGACGUGUAAAUUCUUUAGCGGUUCAUCCAUCUGGCAAAAUAGCUUUAUCGGUAUCUAAUGAUAAAACUGUUCGCUUAUGGAAUUUAUUGGCUGGCCAAAAGGCCAGCGUAAACAAACUUGGAAGAGGUAUUUAUUGAAAUAAACUUCUUCUUAGUGACCAUUUUCUUAUAAUCUUGAAUUAUUUCAUUAGAGGGUGAAAUCAUCUUAUGGA